AUGGGUGCUGGACCGAGGCUCCGAGACUGCAGAGGGCAAGUCCUUCUUUGUUUUCUCUUGGGGACUCUGUGCCAGGCCGGAUGCGGGCAGUUCCGCUAUGAGGUUCCGGAGGAGAUGGAGAAGGGCUCUUUUGUGGGCGACAUCUCAAAGGAUCUGGGGCUGCAGCCACGGGAACUGUGGGAGCGAGGAGCUCGCAUAGCCUCUGGAGGUAAAAAGCAGCAUUUCACUCUGAAUUUACAAAAUGGUCGUUUGUAUGUCAGUGAGAAAAUAGACAGAGAGGAAGUAUGUGGACAAAUCCCUCGGUGUCUGAUGACCCUCCAGGUUCUUAUGGAGGAGCCAAUAAAGCUGGUUCGUGCUGAAGUGGAAAUUCUAGAUAUAAAUGAUAAUUCGCCCAGCUUCCCUGCCGAGGAAAUUUUGUUAGAGAUCAGAGAAAUAACUACUCCAGGAACCCGCUUUCAUCUCCAGGAUGCAAAGGAUCCAGAUGUAGGCAGUAAUAGUCUCCAGAAUUACCUACUUAGUCAGAGCGCAUAUUUCAGCCUCAAUGUGCAUACUAAAGCUGGGGGUACAAAAUAUGCGGAGCUGGUGUUGGAAAAAUCUCUGGAUCGAGAGGAGCAAGCUGAACACCAGCUUCUCCUCAUAGCUGUAGACGGUGGGGAUCCAGUGAGAACCGGAGAGACUCAGAUCCGAAUCAAAGUAUUAGAUGUGAAUGACAACGCUCCCAUAUUUCAGCGCUCUCUCUAUGAGGUGAGCGUGCCUGAGGAUGUGCAAGCGGACACAGUGGUGGUCAAGGUGCAGGCCACCGACCGUGAUGAAGGUUCCAACUCCGAGAUAACUUAUUCGUUAAUAAAGCUCUCUGAGGCUUCUUCCUUGCUGUUCCAUAUCGGGUCCACCAGUGGAGAGCUCAGAAUAGUGGGAGGCCUGGAUUUCGAGGCCGAUCAGUUACAUGAGCUUGAAGUGCAGGCUAUUGACAGAGGAGGACUUUUUGCCCUGGCCCACAUUCUACUUCGAGUGACCGAUGUCAAUGACAAUUCCCCAGAAAUCACUAUCACUUCCCUCUUCAGUCCAAUCCCAGAAGACUCUCCACUAAGGACGAUAAUUGCCCUUUUUAACACCCAUGACAGAGAUUCUGGAGAAAAUGGACAGAUCCGGUGCACGAUUUCCAAGCAAGUUCCCUUCGAGAUUUCGGGUUCAUUUGAUAACUAUUACAGUUUGAUAUCCAGCGAAAUCCUGGACAGGGAGCAAAUUUCCAGCUACAAUAUUACUAUUACCGCGGAAGACAGAGGGGAUCCACCCCUAACAUCAAGCCAAGUGAUACAACUGCAGGUAUCUGAUAAAAAUGACAACCCCCCAUUAUUCCACCGAAGUCACUAUUUGGCUUAUCUAAUGGAAAACAAUUCGCCUGGAGCUACAAUAUCUUCUCCCAAGGCAAGUGAUGCAGACACGGAAGCGAAUGCCCAACUUACUUAUUCAAUUAUCAAUGAGACUUUCCAGGGAUCUCCUCUCUCUUCCUAUAUUUCGAUCAACUCUGAGACCGGUGUCCUGUAUGCUCUGCGCUCCUUUGACUAUGAACAGUUCCCGGAGCUUCAGCUGAGAGUGACAGCCAGGGAUUCUGGGGACCCUCCUCUCAGCAGCAAUGUGUCUCUGACUCUUUUCAUCCUAGAUCAGAAUGACAACGCCCCAGAAAUCCUGUACCCUGCCUUCCCCUCAGAUAGUUCUAGCGGAGUGGAGCUGGCCCCACGCUCUGCAGAGUCAGGCUACCUGGUGACCAAGGUGAUGGCAGUGGAUGCAGACUCUGGUCAGAAUGCCUGGCUGUCCUACCAUAUACUCAAGGCCACAGAGCCUGGGCUCUUCGCAAUGAGAUUACACACAGGUGAGAUAACUACUACCAGAGCUUUCCUGGAAAAAGAUUCCAUCAAACAAACUCUGGUAGUAGCUGUCACAGACAAUGGGGACCCUCCUCUCUCUGCCACUAUCAGUGUUACAAUUGCAGUGGCUGACAGCAUCCCUGAGAUCCUUUCAGAUCUCAGCAACCUAGUGACACCUGAAUCCCCAAAUGACUCCAGUCUCACAUUCUACCUGGUGAUUGCAGUAGCUGCAGAGUCCUGCUUAUUCUUUUCCUUCAUUAUCCUAUUAUUGGCACUCAGGCUUCGAAAGUGGUGUAUGGAGCUGGGAUCAACAAGUACACAUUUGGAGGGUAUUCAAACUUCACAGUUUCUGGGGAUAGAUGGAGUACAAGCAUUUCUUCAGGCAUAUUCACACGAGGUUUCCUGUACUAUCAAUUCCAGGAAGAGCCAUUUAAAUUUUUCAGCAAGUAAUUCACAAGAAUUUACUAGUAAGCAAGGAUCUGAACAGAGAGAAUCUAUUAUAUCUUGGGAUGCCUGCAACAAAGCAAAUGAAGAGCAAGCAUUCAUUAAGUCCUCAUCAAUCAGGAAAUGCACAUGGUUUAGUAUUAAAAAGGCUCAAGUGAAUGUCUCUCUGACAGAGAAGACAUUCAUAGAAGAAACUGAAGGAGAUGAACCACGACCUAGUGACUAUCUUCACUUUCAUUGUACUAGCCAAAAACUGCUGCCAGCCUGA